AUGACUAAGAAUGUACGCAUUAGGUAUGGCUUGAGCGAAGAAUGCGGAUCGCAGGAAAUCACAGCACUUGGAUGGGCUGAUGUAGUGAUACAGCUUGCCAAUGACCUACAUAUUCAACAAUUCUGUAUUAUUGCACAGUCGGUAGGCACCGUGUUUGCAUUAGCCAUUGCUCGAAAAUAUCCCGGUCAUGUGCUGGGCCCUAUUUACCUGAUAUCACCUUGGGUUUCAACACAAGUAGCAAAUACGUUCAAAUGGACUCGACGGCUACCAGCUCCCCUUGUUGCCAAGACAAUCUCGCUGGCAUUGGAUGUGAUGUGGAUAUUUAAUAAAGGAGGAAACGAUAGCUCAGCGACAUUGGAUUCAGAAGAAGAGGAUGCAGCGAUUCAGGAUACCCAACGACCAAGGAAAAAUGCUCGACACACGAUGGUUGCUUUUGAAGAGGAUGAGCUAUUGGCAUCGUUGGAGGACGAAGUGUUUGAUCUGCCUACAGAUUUCCCUACAAAUAGACCACUUCGGCAUUUUGUGCGGCCUAAGCACAUGUCUCUUUACUUGGCCAUGAAUAAACGCAGAAUGUCAGAGCACUACAGCCAAGGCCAAUUAUGUGAUGUGAUGGUUGCCUUGGAGAAAUACCACCUAUUUGGAUUCAACUAUGCGGACAUAAAAAUUCCAAUUUCUGCAGUCUGGGGUGACAAGGAUGGUCUGAUCCCACCAAAAGCCAUUGAUAUCUUGGCGACAAGUUUACAUGAUGUGCGGUUGAAAAUACUAGAGAGCGAAGGGCAUGAUCUGGUCUGGAAGGAAGGUGUCAUGGAAUGGGCGAUGCGUGGCAUAGCAGAACGCUGGAGACAAAAGUAG